UGCUGGAGUUUGAAUUUAAGCUAACUUCUCAAUUAGAGAAGUACGACGUAACAGCAGUAUCUAACGUAUUUGCAAUAUUUUCUUUUGAAGUAGUUCAAGCCUGUACGUUUGUUUUAUUUUAUUGUUUUGUUUUAAUAACGGCUUGUUUACGUCGCUGCUUAUCUGUUCUCCUUUGAUCGGUGUCAUUGAGGCUCCUACACUUGCAAUGAAAGCGGGCGUGCUUCACUGCCGUUGCUCAAAAUGUUACUUGGUUCCGGUGCGGAAGCGAGUCCGUAAGCGAACUCCAGCCGUGACGUUGCUGUCUCUCCCUGAAGAGGUCCUUCUCUGUGUGUUGCACUGCCUCUCUGCUGAGGAUUUGCUGUCUGUCAGAGCUGUUCACUCUCAACUGCGGGACAUUGUUGACAACCACGCCAGCAUUUGGGCAAGGGUCAGUUUCAGAGACACGUGGCCAGCCCCAAAGACUUUAUGGCUAUUUGAGAGAGCUGCAGAGAGGGGCAAUUUUGAAGCCGCUGUGAAACUAGGAAUUGCUUAUUUGUACAAUGAAGGCCCACUGUUGAGUGAUGAAGGCCGAGCAGAUGUAUGUGGUUGCAAAGCUUCCCACUUCUUCAGCCUGUCGGAGAGCCUGCGUUCACCUACGGCAGACCCCUUUAUUUGGGUCUUCAUUCGUCCCCCAUGGUCACCCAGCAGCUGCUGCAAGGCUGUGGUGUUUGACCGUCUCAAAGCAGAGUGCGAGAGCAAUACAGAAAAAAAGGGACCCUUGUUGCACUGUCUGGCUCGAGUUCUGCUGCUGUUUGAAGAUGAUGAAAAGCGCUCAGAAGCCUUACGUAUGCUGGAGGAGUCGGCACAGGCAGGCUGUCUGCAGAGCGCUUACCUGUUAUGGCAACACAACCAUAAAAAAGCUAUGGCAGAUCCAGGCAGGUACCUCCAGUUUGUGCGAACGCUCAGGGACUACGCUGGCAAAGGAUGCUGGGAUGCGCAGAUGUCCCUGGCGAAAGUGUGUGUCAGCAAGAAUCCGCUGGGUCUAGACUCAAAGACGUGCGCUGAUUUAGUGGGCCAACUCUUCGGUUCCUCUGUCCCGUCACCACACUGCAGUACUCAGACCGUACUCAAGCAAGCCCUCAAGGACACGAUGAGGUACAUCCUGGUGGACUGGCUUGUAGAGGUGACCACUAUGAAGGAUUUCUCCAGUCUGACACUACAUGUGACUGUGGGUUGUGUCGACCGGUACCUGGCUCUGCGCUUUGUGCCCAAAGCUCGCCUGCAGUUAUUGGGCAUUGCCUGUAUGGUGGUUUGCACACGCUAUAUUAGUAAAGAUAUUCUGACCAUACGGGAGGCAGUUUGGCUGACGGAUAACACCUACAAGUAUGAGGAUCUGGUCCGUAUGAUGGGAGAGGUCGUCGCCGUGCUGCAGGGAAAAAUAAAGAACCCCACGCUGCUGGACUACGGGGAGGUGCUGCUGUCUGUGCAUCCUCUGAGAAAACGAAGCACUCAUCUGUUUAGCUACAUUUGCGAGCUGUGCCUGCUCUACUCAACUCUAGUCAAGCCACCGACUGCCAAGCUGGCCUGCGCUGCACUACUGCUCACCCGUGCACUACAUCACUAUGCCCCCAUCUGGCCCAGUCAGUUAGCUGAGUACACGGGCUUCUCAAAGCCAGACCUUAUCCCCUUGUCUGUGCUAAUAUAUGUUAAAUGUUUCAACGAUGAUGUUCCCAAAGAUUAUAGGCAUGUGUCACUGACUGGUGUUAAACAACGCUUUGAGGAUGAAGCCUACCAGAACAUCAGCAAAGAAAAGGUGAUGGACUUCAAAGAACUGUGUCAGAUCCUGGAGAUUCUCGAGGUGGAGCCUCAGAGGGAGCCUCCCAGCCCAACUGGCCAACCAGCAGAUAUCCACACUUUCCUCGCCUCCCCGUCCAGCAGCAACAAAAGGAGACGUGAUGAUGACAUAAAGGCACACAGGGGGAGCUUUGUGGCCACGCCCACUGCAGAGCUGUCCAAUCAGGAGGAGACCUUGGUGGGAGACAUCCUGGAUUGGAGUCUGGAUACUUCCUGUUGUGGUUAUGAGGGUGACCACGAAGAAAGCGAUGGUGAGAAAGAUGGAGAUGCUUCAAUGGUGUCCAUGAAACUUCAGCUUCCUGAUACAGACAGUAGUUUCAAACACUGCAGAGCCCUGUCCAGCGAUGAUGACAGCUUCUGUGAAGCAGAAAGGGCAGUGACCAGGGGUUGUCCAGAGAGGGAACAGAUUUUCUUCAGCACUGACUAUCAAAGUUCAGGUUACUUGUCUGUUCGUCCAUCUUCCACAUCAUCCAACUCCUCCCUGAUGUCAUGCACAUUAAAAACUAUUACCAUGGCUUCCGGUGGAGCCUCGGCCGAUGCUCAACCAGGCUUCCGUCUUUUGGUACCAGUCCAGAGGCCACGAGGCACGUCCACUAAGCAGGUGAAGAGGAAGAACACAGCGGCUCACAGUGCAGGAGAGGAAGCUGAAGGAGAUGGGUGUUGUGCCAACAGGGGGUUUCUGAGUCUAUAAAUGGCCAUUUUUGGUCUGGUUGACAGGAAUCUGAAUGCUCACAGACCAACUGCUCGGUCAUCCAGCAGCACUUUUGUUCUCAAUGCUGUUUUUUACUUCCACCCGUCUGCACUGAAUUGUCAGCUGUCACAAGAGCAAGAGACUUUGACAUCAAAGACAAGAAAGGGAGAGGGAAAAAAAAAAUACCAAGAACUCUGAUUAUAUUUUGUUUACCAGUAAUUUGUGUUUACAGCCACAGUGUUGUAAAAUACCUCUCAGUAAUCACACCAAUGCAACAACUGACCUGGAGUCAGCAAUUAAACCACUGGAAUGUGACUUUCCUCAGGAUUCUGCUACAUUAAAUGCCAUUUCUUUCUUUUUUUUUUU